AUGAGCAGCUUAUGCCUUCAAAGGCUUCAAGAAGAACGGAAGAAGUGGAGGAAAGAUCAUCCCUUCGGGUUUUUCGCUAAACCAACGAAAAAAACGGAUGGGUCGAUGAAUCUACAGAAAUGGGAGGCUGGUAUACCAGGGAAGGACGGUACACUGUGGAAAGAAGGCGUUUAUCCAAUUGUCAUUGAGUAUCCUGACGAUUAUCCGUCAAAACCACCAAAGGUCAAAUUUCCUGCGGGGUUCUAUCAUCCUAAUAUCUAUCCCAGUGGGACCGUGUGUUUGAGUAUUCUCAACGAAGAUCAGGACUGGAGACCAGCAAUUACGUUAAAACAAAUAGUUCUCGGGGUUCAAGACUUACUAGAUAGCCCUAACCCGAACUCUCCAGCACAAGAACCUGCUUGGAGAGCUUUUUCCAAAAACAUCAAGGAAUAUGAGAGAAAGGUAAUAGAGCAGGCCCGGAAAUAUACUAAAUGA